UCGUCCUCUAAUGUAGUCGUUCUUGAGCCAGCGUGUAAUUAUAUUUGGAGUUGUACUUUAUAAUUCCUGACUUUUUCAAGUUGAAUCUAUAUCAAACGAACAUGACUGAAAUGAUGGCAAUGGGUUAUGAAGGGUUUUAUGAUAUGCAUUCUAGUCCACUAAAACGUGAAGAAAUUUAUGAUUAUAAGUCACGAGGAACGUACAUGUGCAAUCUCUCAGGUUUAACAUCACCUACAACUUCAGAACAUUGUUCAUCUAUUGGUAGUAGUUUUCGUACGGAACAAUGUAGCAGUAGUACUUCAAGUAAUGAAUAUGAAAGUUUACUCGAUUUAGAUUUUAUCCUUGAGAAUAGCGCUACACAAAAAGCAAAUAAUGUAUCUAAUAAUUUAUAUAAUUGCACUUAUUCUAAUUCUGUUAUGAAUGUUAAUUAUUCUUUCGCUAAAUCGCCAGUAUCUCAACUACGACCUGUUUAUUCAGAUGUAAUCUGUUCACAGAAUUCUAAUUCUUUUAGAAAUUCAAAUACAAAGUAUUAUUAUGACCUUGGUUCAAAUAAUUCACCAAUCGAAAUAAAACAAGAGCCUAUUUUUCCCGAAAAUUCUGAAUAUAAACAUUGUUCAGAAAUCAAUCAAAAUAAUUCAUAUAACUGGACUACAAAUGUACCGAAUAAUUGUAACUAUAAUUCAAAUUGUAGUGCGGUACUAGAUACAGGGCAUUAUAUACAAACUACAAAUGAUUCAAGAACUGGGGAAUUGCAAUCUCAGCAUUCUUCCUCUUCUCUUGCUUAUAUGCCUUCGGUUAUUCCAACAACAGAUAUGCCACCAGUAGAUCCAUACCAAAAUUGUCAGUCAAGUUUACAAAAUCAAGAGCAAUCUUCUUUACGGUUUUAUCCCAAUGUUGCAAAUCUUACUAACGCUGUCAAUGGUAAUAUUAUGACUGAAAACAAUAUCGCAGCUGUUUAUCUACCACAAAACAAUCGAGUUGAUCAUUCUCAACUUCAUCCUAUGCCUCCAACUUGUUCCGUUAUAAAUACCAUAAAUGAUAAUAGUACAGUACAUGCUGUCAAUAAUAUGCAAGAUUACCGCAGUGCAGCACAAAACGCAAGUUAUUAUAUGAAUAUGUAUAAAAUUGAUGAUACAAAUCUUCCAGUGAACACAACUUUUCGAGUACUAGCACCAAGAGCUGUAUCACCCACUCAAAAUCUUGGAUUUGGACCACUAAAUACCACAUGUGAUAAUCCUGUUUACCGGAACUCUUCAUUAGUUUCUACCCACAUUAAUAAUAUCGGUAGAAAUAAAAGUUCAGCUAUAGAGUUAGGAAUUGAAUCUCAUCAGGAUAUUCUUGGAUGUAACAUAGGUGGACCUGGGGAAGUUCCGUUAAUACCUAUGCGUCGGACACGUACCAAUAAAACUAAGGGUGAUACUUCAACUAAAGGAACUGGAAGUAAUUCCACCGGUAGAACUAAAAAGUCAAUAGCUUUAAUUCAUACUUGUCCUUUUAGCACAUGUGCAAAAGCAUAUUCUAAAAGUUCACAUCUUAAAGCUCAUAUGCGUGUACACACUGGAGAAAAACCUUUUCCAUGUGAUUGGCCUGGUUGUGCUUGGAGAUUCGCCCGAUCAGAUGAAUUAACACGUCAUUAUAGAAAACAUACUGGUGAUCGACCAUUUCAGUGUAGAACAUGUCAUCGAGCUUUUGCACGCAGUGAUCACCUUACUUUACAUAUGAAGAAACACCAAAGUGGUAACUAA